AUGGAGGCCGAUUGGGCGGAGCAGAUAAGGGUCGCCUUUCCAGGUCCCGCGCCUAACGCGCCAUCGAGUCCAGUGACAACUUUCGCAUUUGACACGUCACAGGAGUUGCUGUGGACCGGUAACGAGUAUGGCCGCGUAACAUCUUUCUACGGGCCAGAGCUGCAGCGCUACACAUCUUACAGAGGCCAUGCUAACACCGCGCCACGAGGUGCGCCCGGUAAUGCACUUGUCAAGCAGUUUUUGUUUUGCGAAAAGGGCGUCAUCUCGGUCUCGCCGCGCAGUGUGCACUGCGCUAGCCGCAGAGGGUUGUCGCAAUGGCAUAUCAGUCAGCCUGAUAUGGUAGACUUGCGGUGUAUGAGCUUCACUGGUAGAGCUUCACGUGAUGACGAGAUCGUGGUCGCUGGCUGCCAGCAGCAGCUGUACCGGAUCGAUGUCGAAAAGGGCUUGGUCAUCGAAACGCUGUCGCCUGUCGCGGCAAUACCAUAUACGAUGAUGCGACGGUCAACUACCUGCAUCUGCGCUGCAGCACACGAUGGGUCGAUAUGCUUACUUGACCCUUACAGCCUCGCUAUCAUGCAUAAGUGGCAAGCCUAUGCUGGCACGGUCAAUGACAUGGACGCUAGGGGAGACCACCUAUUGACUUGCGGCUGGGCUCACCAGCAAUACGGCGGGCUUGGUCUUGAGCGUUUGGUCAGGGUAUAUGAUCUGAAGCAUCAAAGGCCUGCGGCGCCUAUUGCCUUCCAACAAGGUGCUGCUUUUGUUCGACUGCAUCCAAAACUGUCAUCGACCUGCAUCGUGGUAUCACAAGCAGGAGCGAUCAACUCUGUCGAUGUACAGAACCCAGACGUACCACUGAUGAGAUACGUGCAGACUUUCGAUGCUCAAUUGACGGGUCUGGAACUCAUGCCAUCUGGGAAAGGGUUCGCUAUGAGCGACACGCACUGCCAUCUAGUUCUCUGGGCCUCGCCCUCGAAGGUGCACUUUACCGAGUACAGCAAGACGACGGAGUUCUCCGACCCCCAAAUGGCUCCAAAGCACCUCGACUGGGCCGCGGACUUGCCAUUCAACCUUAUCGGCAUGCCUUAUUACCGUGAAGCGCUUCUUUCUGGCUGGCCUAACAGUCUUGUCCAUGAGGUUGGGGCGCCACCUAUAAGCUUCGAUCAGGCGCUGUUAGCGACCCUUCAGAAGACCGACAUAGGGCUGGUCGGCCCGAAUUCUCGCAUGACGAAGCGGUGUCAAAUACAAAACACUCGAGCUUCAAGCAAAACCCAUGAGGCAUUGGCCGCCCCUAAAUUCCUCAGUGAGAAGCCGAGGUCAGAAAAUGGAGAUCACGAAGCCGAGCGUCGCCUGAGCGAAGACAUCAACAGAACACUUAGCGGCAUGUCAAUCGGUGCCAGUGGUCCACUAGAUGUCUUGGCUUACUAUCGGCCUGUGGAGAUCAAGUACAGCAAGUUCGGCGUGGACGACUUCGAUUUCAGAUAUUAUAAUAAAACCAAGUAUUCUGGCCUUGAAACGCACAUCGUCAACUCGUAUGCAAAUCCGCUGCUGCAGCUCCUUCGCUUCACGAAUACAGCUCGCAACCUGGCGCUCAAGCAUACCGCACAAGACUGUGUAUAUGACAGCUGUCUACUAUGCGAGCUGGGCUUUCUGAUCGACAUGCUGGAGAAGGCGCAAGGUCAGAAUUGUCAAGCCACUAACUUCCUGAAAGCCUUGACCAGACAGCCAGGAGCGUCGACAUUAGCAGUACUGGAGGACCGCACUGUCAAUACUCCACUUACAGUCAUGGUGCAAAAUCUCAAUCGUUUUCUGCUUAAUAGGCUGAGUGACAACUACCACCGGAUUGCUAGUAACGGCGGCGAAAUGCAGGGAGCGUUUGCCACUCGAGGGAGCGCCUUCAGUAGAUGCAUGCACUGCUCUUAUGAGGAUGCAAAAGAGCAGGCUUGGUACACCCAUGACUUGAUCUAUCCAGCCAAGCCAGCCAAGAACUCGCCACGAGCUGUCCGGCAUACGUUUACUCGCUUACUCCAGGAUUCCGUGCAUCGGUAUGAUCAACAGCGAGGCUGGUGUAUGCGAUGCCAGAGCUACAAGGCCAUCACCUCGCGUCGCGUUGUGACGUCUAUGCCGGCAGUACUUAUGAUCAACACCGCAAUACAUUCACCCGAAGCCAGACAGUUGUGGGCAACGCCGGAUUUUCUACCGCGGGAGAUUGGCAUCAUCAACGCUAAUAGCCAGUUCUACGGUUACGAAGGGCAAGACUUGCAGCACCAUCUUCAGCGUAACAGGCAUACCAUUACUGUGUACGAAUUGGUAGGCGUGGUUGCGGAUGUGGCCGCUGGUGAGGCGCAGAAAUCGCAUCUCGUGUUAGCCGUUGACGCCAGCAUCGCCGACGCUGACGAGUCACGCUCCUCCGAUUGGCAGUUGAUCAACGACUUCCUAGUGCGCCCGAUCAUGCCAGAGGAAGCCUUGCACUUUGACCCGCGGUGGAAGCUGCCCUCUAUCCUUGCGUAUCAAGUCAAGUCGAAGUCGCACGUGAUCGACUCCAGCUGGAAGUCCACCAUCGAUACCAGCAUCCUAUACCGUAGCGUACCUCAGCCGGCUUCCACACCUUUCUACAAGUUUCAACCUCUGUCCAGCCAAGAACCUGUACCGAGCAGCGCCACGCAUUGCGCGAUAGAUGCAGAGUUUGUUCGUCUGCUGCGCGAAGAGAUCGAUAUGGGCGCGGACGGCUCGAGGACGAUCACUCGACCUGCUCGUUCCGGCUUGGCAAGAGUGUCCGUACUCCGUGCAGAUGAUCCGUACCCUGAGCUGCCCUUCAUGGAUGACUACAUUGCCAUCGACGAGCCAGUGGAUGACUACUUGACGCAAUACUCUGGCUUACAACCUGGCGAUCUUACCGUUGGUGUUAGUCGCUUCACGCUGGUCGGUCUCAAGGAAGUCUACAAGAAGCUGUGGGUGUUGCUCAAUCUUGGCUGCAACUUCAUCGGCCACGGCUUGUCCAGCGAUUUCCGAACAAUCAAUAUACACGUACCAGAAUGCCAAGUCAUCGACACACAGGAGCUGUUCUCACUUGGACAUCGAAGUCAGCGGAAACUGUCGCUCCGCUUCCUCGCCUGGCGAGUGUUAGAGGAAGACAUUCAGCAGGAUCUGGCUGCGGGGCACGACAGUAUUGAGGAUGCCCGGACUGCAUACAAGCUCUGGCGGAAGUACCUGCAGUUCGUUGACGAUGGCUCGUUGGAAGAGGUCAUGGACGACAUUUGGCAACAGGGCAGAAGGAUGGACUUCAAAAAACGCCUAAGAUGA